AUGGUGGUUCCAGUCACUCUCACCAAUGACAUCAAGUCAGCCGUCGAUCUGUCUAACCAAGCCGCCGAUGAGGACGUCAAGAAGCAGUUCGCCAACGCGAUCCGCCUCUACCGUAAGUCCAUGGAGUCCUACCUCAAUGCAGCGCUCAUCAUCCGCAACACCUGCGCGCCUUUCGUCGAGAGAGCCCAGAAACUCAAGGAGUUCUCCGGCGAGAUUGACCAGGAAGUGAUCUGCGAGGGACUGCCAGAGAUGAAGCGCAUCCACCAGUUGCCACUCCUGGGACUAGUCCUUCCGCCGUGGUGCAUUCAGGCUGCGACAGUGGUGUCCGGUCGCAAGGUCUGCUACACCAACGACAUCACGGGCGUCGAUUCGACCAAAUUAGUUCUGAGCCAGAUUAUCAGCGAACCAAAGGCCAAGGCUGCCUCAUCCGUCCUUCUGCACGGGCCAACAGGCUCUGGUAAAAGUCUCCUAGUCAGGGCUAUCGCCUCCAAAUGGCCAGAGAAGUCUGUUUUCAUUGUCGAGAUGCAGACGUUCAUCCUUGGUGCAGUGGAGCACGACGGUACUAAGGUGGCUCAGAUGCUGAUUCGCAACUUCAAGAAGCACAACACCGGGGUGCUUGUGAUUGACAACAUUGACUACCUCUACGAGACAGAUCAUCCGGACAUCAAAAAGGCGCCGGUGGCCGCGGUCAAGGCGGUGAUAGUGGCGCUCUUCAAAGGGAUCCAUGAAAAAAAGAACUACAAAGAUCUUGUAAUAGCCACUGCUAACAAACCCUGGUUGCUGGAGGACGACAUUAAGAACGCUUUUCAUGCAAAACUCAAUUUUCCCAUUCUCAGCGAAGAGGACAGAAUGGCCAUCAUCAGGGGGGAGCUUGCAAAGAUUCGAUGUCCGACGUACCACGAAGAACACAUGAGAGACUUGGUGAAGAAAACAGAGCGAUUUUCGAGGUACCAGCUGCUCAGGUUAGUCCGGUUUGCGCUGACUCGUAACUUCAACAAUAUCGAAGGCAUACAACUUAAGGAGGACGCCGAAAGACUAGCUCACUUGACCAAAGACGACCUCGAUGCUGUAGCAUCUGUGCUGCUUGCCGACAUACCAGAAGAGUACGUCACGAGGUACACUGAGUUUGUAGAAAAAAAUCCGACGGCUAAUUAG